GCGGAGCUGCUGCUCGGCGCGUUUCGCAUGAAGAUGGCGGCUCCCACCGCCAGCAAGGCAGCCUCCCUGGGCUGUAACAACAAGCCUGCGUUCCCGGAGCUGGAUUUCAGGUCCGGAGCUCGGGUGGAGGAAUUGAACAAACUCAUCCAAGAAUUCACCCGGCACGAUCAGCGGGAAUACGACGACCAGAGAGCGCUGGAGAUCCACACAGCCAAGGAUUUCAUCUUUUCCAUGCUGGGAAUGGUGCAGAAGCUGGACCAGAAGCUCCCGGUGGCUAACGAGUACCUGUUGCUCUCUGGAGGCGUGCGGGAAGGUGUGGUGGACCUGGAUUUAGAUGAGCUGGAUGUAUACGCCCGGGGCACUGACUACGACAUGGACUUUACCCUGCUGGUGCCAGCCCUGAAACUCCAUGACCGUAACCAGCCUGUGACGCUGGACAUGCGCCACUCCGCCUUGUGCCACUCCUGGCUGAGUCUGCGUCUGUUCGACGAGGGCACCAUCAGCAAAUGGAAAGACUGCUGCACCAUCGUGGACCACAUCAACGGCGCCACCAACUACUUCUUCUCUCCUACCAAAGUGGCCGACUGGUUCUGUGACUCGAUCAGCAUCGUCCUAGCCGAGAUCCAGAAGAAACCCCAGCGGGGGAUGCCAAAGGUGGAAAAGGUGGAGAAAAACGGGACCAUCAUCUCCAUCAUCCUGGGCGUGGGGAGCAGCCGCAUGUUGUACGACAUCGUCCCGGUGGUGUCUUUCAAAGGCUGGCCGGCAGUGGCACAGAGCUGGCUCAUGGAGAACCACUUUUGGGAUGGGAAGAUCACGGAGGAAGAGGUGAUUAGUGGGUUUUACCUGGUGCCUGCCUGCUCUUACAAGGGCAAAAAGGACAAUGAGUGGCGGCUAUCCUUCGCCAGGAGCGAGGUGCAGUUGAAGAAAUGCAUCUCCAGCAGCCUCAUGCAGGCCUACCAGGCCUGCAAAGCCAUCAUCAUUAAACUCCUGUCGCGGCCCAAGGCCAUCAGCCCCUACCACCUGCGGAGCAUGAUGCUCUGGGCCUGUGACAGACUUCCCGCCAACUACUUGGCUCAGGAAGACUACGCGGCCCACUUUCUGCUGGGCCUCAUUGAUGAUCUGCAGCACUGUCUGGUCAACAAGAUGUGCCCCAAUUAUUUCAUUCCCCAGUGCAACAUGCUGGAGCACCUGUCGGAGGAGACGGUCAUGCUCCACGCUCGCAAACUGUCCUCGGUGCGCUCGGAUCCGGCCGAGCACCUGCGCACUGCCAUCGAGCAUGUCAAGGCGGCCAACCGACUGACACUGGAGCUGCAGCGGCGGGGCAGCACCACCAGCAUCCCUUCCCCGCAGUCCGACGGGGGCGACCCCAACCAGCCCGAUGACCGUCUGGCCAAAAAACUCCAACAGCUGGUGACUGAGAAUCCGGGGAAAUCCAUCUCUGUCUUUAUUAACCCCGACGAUGUCACAAGGCCUCAUUUCAGAAUCGAUGAUAAAUUUUUCUGAGUGUUUUGUUGUUGUUGUGGUUGUUGUUGUUACUUUUUUGUUGUUUGUUUGUUUGUCCUCCUGGUUCUAAAAAACUCUCGUCUCCUGUUGCGUGCACAUGUGGAUCUGUCCUUCUGUUUUGUGUGUGUGUGUGAGUGAGUGUGUGUGUGUGUGUGUGUGUGUGUGUGUUACAUAUCCAGCUUAGAUUGGAUUUGUUAAGGACAAAUGUUAAGUUUCCUGGUUCUUCAGGAUGGUGCAGCCUCUGAAACAGUCUAUUACUAUUUCACGUUCUGCCUUCUGGCUCCGUUGCUUCUAUUCUCUUAGUUGUGGUCAUGGCCUUUUCUUUGUUGAGUUGUUGUUGUUGUUUGUUCGACUUUUUAAGGAGAACUUGAGCCAUAGAUGAACACGCCCAUAAACCCUCUCGCUUUUUCUGUUUCUUACUUUGCACGUAUUUUUUUUUUUUUUAAGCGGGUCUUGGGAAACAAACUUCUUUCUGACGCUUACGAAGUCUCUUAUCUUUGGGUUUUUUUUUUUUUUUGCCUUUAUUUUUUUCCCCAAUGAGUUUUCAUCACUGUGGAUACUGGAUACUGGAGAAUCUGAACCUGGGAACCAUCUGGCGUGUUGGCUGGAUUUAUUUCUUCUGCCAGAGUGCUUUCCCCACCAAGUCAUGUAAACUUUGGACGUAAUAAUGCAGAACCUUCUUUGAAUGUAAUUGUCCUUGAGUUAGCGAACUUUGGAGGGUUUGGAGGGUACGUUUCAUAGCUUUCUAAGCAGAAUUAAGAUUUCCAAAUGUCAGUUUUAGUGUGUGUAAUUAUUUGAAGCCUUAUUUAAAAACCCCAUUAAAGGAUAUACCAUGAUAAUUGUUAUUUGCACUAAUGAAACUUUGCCAUUGUCUGAGUUACGAUGUGUGUUUCAGUAGAAGUUAAUAUCUGCUGUUGACAUACAGCCAUGGUUUUCAUUUAGCUCAUUUCUCUCAGUUCAUAGAAUGACCCUUUGCAAUCGGUUCAGUUCUCCUUUAAUUGUAGGGUGUUCUUUUGCCCCCUUUGGAGUUCCUGGUUCCUGUCUUACCCAGAGAAAAAUUUUUAAAGUUUUAUACCUGUUCUUUGACUCUGUCUAAAGCCGAGGAAGAAAUAUACUUGAUAAAGUAGAGGUUUCUGUAUUUAUUUCUCUUGGAGUACUAGAGAGAAGCUCUUUUAUGAAGAGAGAUUUUUGGAGAAAACUGGCAAGGAAGAAUAGUUAGCCCCAAACUGAAGAUACCAUGUUCAAAAUCAGCUUUGACCAUCGAGCAGGAACCAGGGUAUCUGUGGGUGUGAAAUGGACAUUUCCUAUCUUCAUGAAUGAAAUGACUUGCCAGCUUUAGGUGCUGUGGGGCAUUGGUUCCCCUUGUGCUGUGGAUUCAUGGCACCCUGUGGUGUUUGAGGGGGUAAAUGGGGUUUGCUAAUCUCCCAAAGGACCGCCAUGGUGUCUACUACUGGAAAAGUGGAACAGCUGAUUGGUUUGGAUCAUUAACAUCCAGACCUGAAGGUUGAAUUUUGGCCAAUUGGAAUUAGGAAUAUAUGGUCUUGGGUUUUUGCAUGGGAAUUAAUGUAAUGCUUAUGAAUGGAAUUGUUCAACUAUCUUAAG